CCCACCCCCGCCGCCGUACGCCCCAUCUUCUCUGUCACCCAAAGGCGUUCCUACGCCUUCUCCUCCGCCGAAGAAGCCGCGGCCGAGCGCCGGCGACGGAAGCGGCGUCUGCGCAUCGAGCCUCCCCUGAACGCGAUUCGCCCUCCGCCGCAGCAGGGCCCUCCUCGCGACCCGAACGCGCCUCGGCUCCCGGACUCGACCUCGGCGCUGGUGGGCCCCCGGCUGAGCCUCCACAACCGCGUGCAGUCCCUCAUCCGCGCCGGCGACCUGGAGGCGGCGUCCGCCAUCGCCCGGCACUCGGUGUUCUCCGUUACGCGGCCCACCGUGUUCACCUGCAACGCCAUCAUCGCCGCCAUGUACCGGUCGAAGCGCUACGAUGAGGCCAUUGCCCUCUUCCACUUCUUCUUCAAGCAGUCGAACAUCGUCCCCAACAUCGUCUCUUACAACAACGUCAUCAACACCCACUGCGACCAGGGCCGCGUCGACGUGGCACUCGAUGUCUAUCGCCACGUCCUCGCCAACUCUCCUUUCAGCCCCUCCCCCGUCACUUACCGCCAUCUCACCAAGGGUUUGAUCCAACAAUCUCGCAUUUCCGAAGCCCUCGACCUCUUGCGCGAGAUGCUCACUAAGGGUCACGGUGCCGAUUCCCUCGUCUACAACAAUCUUAUUUCAGGCUUUCUCCUAUUGGAGAAUUUGGACAAGGCUAACGAGCUCUUCGACGAGCUUAAGGAGCGUUGUCUCGUCUAUGAUGGGGUUGUUAAUGCCACUUUUAUGGAAUGGUUCUUCAGUCAGGGCAGGGAUAAGGAGGCCAUGGAGUCUUACAAGUCUUUGUUAGAGCGCCAGUUUAGGAUGACUCCUGCCACUUGUAAUGUGUUGUUGGAGGUUUUGCUCAAGCAUGCCAAGAAAACUGAGGCUUGGGCUUUGUUUGAUCACAUGUUGGAUAAUCACACCCCUCCCAAUUUCCAGGCUGUUAACUCUGAUACCUUCAAUAUUAUGGUCAAUGAGUGCUUUAAGCUUGGGAACUUUGAGGAGGCCCUUGCAACUUUUAAGAAGGUUGGAACUAAGCCCAAUUCUAAGCCCUUUGCCAUGGAUGUUGCCGGCUAUAACAAUAUCAUUGCUAGGUUUUGUGAGAAUGGGAUGCUGUCCCAGGCUGAGACGUUGUUUGAAGAACUGUGUUCUAAAUCUUUGAGCCCCGAUGUGCCUACUCACAGGACUUUGAUUGAAGCCUACUUGAGAAUGGAGAGGAUUGAUGAUGCUCUCAGGGUGUUCAACAGAAUGGUGGAUGCUGGUCUCAGGGUUGUUGCUAGCUUUGGUAAUACGGUGUUUGAUGAAUUGAUUAAGAAUGGGAAAGCUAUUGACUGUGCUCAAAUUUUGAGUAAAAUGGGAGAAAAAGAUCCUAAACCAGACCCCACUUGCUAUGAGGUUGUAAUCAAGGGACUCUGUGCUGAGGGCUUGUUGGACAAAAGCCGAGAGUUGCUCGAUGAGGUUAUGAGGUAUGGAGUUGGAGUCACUUCUGCCUUGCGGGACUUUGUGACUGAUGUUUUUAAGAGAGCCGGGAGGGGUGAUGAAAUUGAGAGGCUGCUAGAUAUGAACAGAUUUGCAUACACUCCUCGUACAUCCCCACGGAGGCCUGCUUACCGUCCUCCACCGGUGAGGUCCCCUUCUCAAAUGACAGGGGCAGCACAUAACCCACAUUCUGGCUUUCCCACCACUCAAAUUGCAGCUCAGCAGCACCCACCACUGCCUUCUCAAAUGGCUGGACCAGCAGAUAAUCCACCUUCUGGGUUUCCAACACAAAUGGCAGCACAGCUGCGCCCACCACCGCCUUCACCUCGUAUGACAGGAGCACAUUAUCCACCUUCUGGGUCUCAGGCUCAAACGGCAACACAGCAGCGCCCAUCACCGCCUUAUCAAAUGGCAGGAGCAACACAUAACUCACCUUCUGGGCCUCCACAUCAAGGGUGGGAGCAUCAACGCCCGCCACUGCCUUCUCAAAUGACAGGAAUGCAUCAACCUUCGUGGGGAUUAUCUCCUACAAUGACUGGAUCUUCACCUCAUAUGACAGGACAGCCUUUCCACCCUACUACAUCUGAACGUCCUCCUCACACAAACAGGGUAGCCCCGCAAAUGACAGCACAGCAUUAUAAUCCACCUGGACCUUCACCUCAAAUGGCAGGACAUCAACCUUAUGGGACACCACAUUGGCCCCAACAAACGUUAGAACGACCAUAUCCACCAUCAGAAUUGUUUCCUUCAACAGCAAGACAACAUCAUCCAAUGGCAGGGUCGUCUGUUCCUUCAUAUGGAGCAUCAGGUGGAAUGUCACCGUCAAAUCCUAUAGCCCCAGGAGCAUCUUCUCAGGUGACUGGAUCAUAUCACCCGUCAUCAGGAACCCCUCCUCACUUUGAGGAAUCACAUCAACAGCAAUCAGAAGUCCCUGAACAGGUAGCAGCUUAAUUUUUGGACUUCAAGUCAAUUCUUAGUGCUACUGGUUCUUGUGAAGCUGAGUUCUGCUGUUAGGAAUCACUAGGUAUUUUUGUGAGCUUAUUUAUGAUGAUAAAAGAAUAUACAUUGACUUAUUAUCCAUAACAUGUAAUGCGUGUCUUAUAUGACGUGUCAUUUUAAUUUAUUCGUAUAAUUCAACCUUUAAUAUCAGGCAUGGAGAUUUAUAUUUUGUA